GGUAUUGGGCCUAAGUCUCGAAGGGGAGUCGGUGAAGUUGAAAUUUCGAAAAAUAAAUGAAUAAUAGAGAGGAGAAAAACACCUAACAAAAUUGAGCAUCGAAAAGAGUAAUGGAGGAAUCGGAGAAAGAAUCCAUAAGAGCAGCUUCAAAAGAGGUGUCUCGUCAGUUCAAAACCUUAAUCGAUACCAAUGAUUUGGACUCUCUCAAGCAUCUGCAGCACCUCAUAUUGGGAAGGUUGCAGGACAGCAAUGCAGUUUUAUCUCAUUUUAAUGAGUACUCAGAACAUUGCUUUGCUGAGGUUUCUAGUGACUUUUCAAGAAAUACACGUCUCUUGAAGUCUAUGAAGUCAGACCUUAAUUAUAUAUUUCAAAAGCUUAGUAUUGGAUUUACUUUUCGACAUAUUGCAAUUUUUGUUCCUGAUUUAGACUAUCGAGCAUGAAGGAAAAAAUUAUGGCUACAUAUCCAGAUGCAUUUCCGGAUGAAUUAACUAGGGAAGAAUUUGACCAAAGACCAGACCUAGAAGUGCCUCAGUAGCUUGACUUGAUUGUUUUCUUUUGCAUAGGCUAUUAUGAUAGUUAUCGCCGCAUUCGUUGUAUCUGUAACGGAAAGAGAUAUGAAAAGUAGAGAAAACAUGCUGUUUUAUAAAUCUGUUAUGCAUUUAAGGUUAUUUAUUUUUGUCUAAAAAUACUUACGGCAGUAUGUGGGAAUAAUUAGUGAAACCAGGGUUGAUCCCUGAAUCUCAGAUGAAAAACAUCUGGUCUAACAGAAGCAGAACGUUAUGUCUUAGAGUGGGGGCGACUUUUGAAAGAAAAAUUGUAUGUUGUGUAUGGUUGAAGACACGUGUUGGACAGUGAAUGUGGAAUGGCGGUGGAACAAAUUACGAAAUUGCAGGCUUUUGGGCUUGAUUUGUUUUCCGAAAGACAAGUCCUGGCUCUGAGGGAGAAGAAGGGAAGGGAAGGGAAGGGGAGGGAUAGGAAGGUUGGUUUUCAGUUUAGACUGAGAACAUGUUUGACUCUGAACAGUUUUGCUAUGUUGCGUUAGUACUUCCCUAACACGCGCUCUACUCCAGCGCGUGACUGUGUAUCCCCAAGGCAGCCAACAGCAGCACGCAAAUCUUACUUGCCUACCUUCUUCUUUAGGGAUGAGUAGCAUGCAAUAUGCGUCAUGCAACAGAGGCCACAGACCAUAGCGACUUUAAUUUGUUGGACGGCAUUUUCUUUUGUGAAGGAGAUGGGAGAAGGGAGAGGGAGAGGGAGAGGGAGAGGGAGAGGGAGGAGCGAGAUUGAGAAAGAGAGGACCAAAAUGAGAGAAAGGCAAAGAAGGGCAAUAACUACAAACAUCUUUCAUGGGCUUAGGAGGCAUGGCGGAUACCAUCUCUUCCCUCGCGCUGAUAUCAAUCAAGUCCUUCGUCAGCUUGCCAACGAGGCUGGUUGGGUGGUUGAACCCGAUGGCACCACCUACCGCUCCGUCUCCUUCUCCAAGACUGCCAACUGCUGCCCGGUUUGUGGAGCCAUGAAACCAAUCACCGCCCCAACACCCAGUAGCAGCGUUGUGAUAGGUGGAGGAGAGUGUUCGACCACCGCAUCCCCUCGACACAACCCGGUGGCAGCUGUCGAAGAUCCCAUCCGCGUCAUUGACAGUUUUUGCGACGAUCUCAUUCCCAUAGCUCCUUACAUGUAUGGUGGUGAGGAUGGGGUUUCAACGUUGGCAUUGCAGCAACUGUACCCACAGGAGGCAGCACCACCUAGCCAGUGCAUGCCACCUGGUUCACCCCUAUUAGGGGCAAUAAGGAGGAAAACAUAUAACUAAAAACAUUUCAUAGAAACAGACUACAUAUCACCUUGGUUCAGUUUAUGAGUUUAAAUUCCAAUCUACAUUCUAAACUUACUUUGGUAUGGAUA